AUGGAGGGCGGCUUCCGCCAGGGAUCCCAGCAUUUGGGGGAUUCCACCUUGCGGAUGUCUCCCUUGCCCAUGCCAACCGACUUUGCGGCGGCCAGCAAUGGUCAGGCGCACGAAGGCAACGGCCAGGCGAAGCCCAAGCGGCGUAAGAAAGUUACGGCCGAAAUGAUGGCGGCCGGUCAGCGCGAUAUCUCGGUUAGCGAGUUCUUCGCCAAGAACCGGCACCUGUUGGGGUUCGAUAGCCCCCGCCGAGCGUUGCUGACCACCAUCAAAGAAGCGGUCGACAACGCGCUGGAUGCCUGCGAGGAGGCCGACAUCUUGCCCGAGGUGUGGGUCCACAUCGAACAGACGGCCCCCAACCGCUACAAGAUUGGCGUGCAGGACAAUGGCCCUGGCAUUCUGAAAAAGCAGAUUCCCAACAUCUUCGGCAAGCUGCUGUACGGAUCGAAGUUUCAUCGCUUGCGGAUGAGUCGCGGUCAGCAGGGGAUCGGUAUUAGUGCCGCGGGCAUGUAUGGGCACCUCACCACGGGGCAGCCGGUCAAGAUCAUGUCGAAGACCGGCCCAAGGAAGGUGGCGCAUUACUACGAGAUUCAAAUCGACACGAAGCAGAACCGGCCCGAGAUUGUGAACAACCGCGGCAACGGGGUUGAUGUUCCGGCGGGUGCGGCUGGCGAGAAAGAGAUCGCCAAGCAUGGGAUCGAGUGGAUCGAAGUUCCGCACGGUACCCGGGUGACGAUCGAGCUGGAAGCCAAACACCAGCGUGGUCGCGGGAGUGUGGAUGAGUACUUGGAACAGACGGCGAUCGCGAACCCGCAUGUGCGGUUGCAUUACCUCGACCCCGAUGGGAACCAGAAGGACUACGAACGUUCGGCCGAUGAGCUGCCGCCGGAGGCCAAGGAAAUUAAGCCACACCCCUACGGUGUAGAAUUGGGUCGACUGGCGGCGAUGAUCAAGGAGACGAAGGCUCCGACGAUGUCGCAGUUCCUCACCAGUUCGUUCUCCCGGGUUAGCCCCGCGGUGGCGAAGAAGAUUUGCGACGGGGCCAAGAUCAGCACGCGGGCCACUCGGCGGAAGAUGCACCGCCCUGAGGUCGAGCGGCUGUACGAAUCGAUUCAGAACACCAAGAUCGCGAACCCCUCGACCGAUUGUGUGACGCCGAUUGGCGAGCAGCUCAUUCUGAAAGGGCUGCAUCAGGUGGUUCCGGCCGAGUUCUAUGUGGCGGCCACGCGACCUCCGGCGGUGUACCGUGGGAACCCCUUCAUUAUCGAAGUGGGGCUGGCCUACGGCGGGGCGAAUGUGGUGCAGCGAAUCUCGCUCGACAUGCUGAAGCAGAUGCUGAGCGAGAGUGACGCCCGCACGUUGCGGUUGUUCCUCAUCAACACCUUCAGCGGAUUGGGCACCGAGGCGGCCGAUCGGAUUUUGAACGAAGCCGACAUCGGGGUGCGCGUUUCGCCCGCCAAGCUGAAGCCGAAGGCCAUUGCGAAGCUGCACGAAGCGAUGCGGAACGUGAACGUGAACGAAGGCCAGUCGAUGAACCUGAUUCGGUAUGCCAAUCGGGUGCCGCUGCAGUUCCAGCAGGGUGCUUGUGCGAUUACGCAAACGGUGCUGAGCACCAACUGGCGCGGCUACGGGCUGAGCCAAUCGAAGGGCUCGUUCCCUUCGGGGCCGGUCACCAUUCUGGUGCACAUGGCCAGCGUGUGGGUGCCCUUCACCAGCGAAUCGAAGGAGGCCAUCGCUGCUUAUCCGGAAAUUCAAAAAGAGCUACGGCUGGGGCUCCAAGCCGUGGGUCGCAAGUUGGGCAUGUACCUCAAGAGAAGGCAGCGGGUGCGUCAGCAGGGCGAACGCCGGAACAUUUUCCUGCGCUACCUGGGCGAAGUGGCCACGGCCGUGAACAAGAUCAACAACACCGAUCGCGACGCCCUGUACGAGCAACUGCUCGAGGUGGCCAAGAAGAAAACGGCCGAAGCCGAUGCGAAGUUCAACGAUCGUGGGCAGUUCAUCGACGAGGACGACCCCGACUUCGGCGAGAAUGUGCUUGUUGUCGACCCGACGCAGGCCUUGCCAACCGCAGAAGAGAAGCAAGAAGAGCAGGGCGAGGAGUAA